GAAAGCGAUGGACCUCACAUUCUCCUUAUGGAUGACUCUGCUCCUUGUGGGGGCCCAGAGCUGCCCAGAGGUCUGCAGGUGUGUAGCAAUGAAGAAAUCUGGCCGCCACAGUGCAGAUUGCUCAUACAAAGACCUCCAGGCGGUGCCCCUCGGCCUGCCUGCGAACGCAACGGCCCUGACCCUGUCCGUCAACCGCAUCACUGGCCUGCGGGAAGACUCCUUUGUGGACACGGAGGCCCUGCAGGCCCUGUGGCUCUCAUACAACGAGAUCAGUGCCAUCGCAAAGGGCACCUUUGCCUUCCUGGUGCAGCUGCGGGCCAUUGAUCUCAGCCAUAACCAGAUGACAGACUUCCCCUGGGGAGACCUCUCCAACCUCACCAGCCUGCAGCAGCUGAAGCUCAGCCACAAUCGCUUGGAAAAAGUUCCUCCGGGGGGCUUUCACAUGCUGAAGGACCUGAGAUCCCUCUGGCUGAAUGACAACCAUCUGGCUGUCCUCUCCGAGGGCACGUUCAACUCCCUGCCUUUGCUGUCCCAGCUGCAAAUCAGCAACAACCCCUUUGACUGCUCCUGUAAGAUCUGGUGGCUGAAGAGAUGGCUGGAGAACACCUUGGUUUCGGUCCCAGAGAAGGAGUCCAUCACAUGUGCUGCUCCUGAACAUCUGAAAGGUCUUGUUCUUGGGAAAACCUUGACGUUGGACUGCAUGCUUCCGUCCGUGCAGUUGUCGUACUCCUCCAGCCUGGGCAACAGUGUCUUGCAUGAUGGACUGACCCUGCUUUUGCACUGCAGUGCCGUGGGGAAACCACUGCCGGAGAUCCAGUGGAAAAUCCAGACGUUGGCCCAAAAUGUUGUGAUCAAUGGGCCAAAUGUGGAAGGAGCAUGGGACAACCUGCUUGUUGACGCAACAUCCAGGCGGCGCAAAGGACGCUUCCUGGUCUUUGAGAAUGGCUCCAUGGCCAUCUCCGAGUUCAGCAAGGCUGACGAAGGCAUUUAUACCUGCCAGGCCUUCAAUGAGGUUGGGUCUUGCGAGGCCUCGGUCGAUGUGGCUUUGGCCGGCUCAGAGAAGCCCCCAGUGGAUCGCCUCCAGAACAACAUCCAAGCCAGCAAGCCCCAAACCCAUCCAUGCAACAAAGAGGAGUUCUCGGAGAAAGUUGUGUUCAUCUACCUUACUGCUGUAGCACCAAAGACCAGCAGCAACGGGGGGAUCUCAGGGGAGCCGUGGCCCUGCCGUAGCUUGCUGCUGGUUCUCUUGCUUGCUCUUUGUAGCUAAAGUCCCCGUAAUCCACAUGCAGAAACCCAGUGCUGUGGACUUGGAGGCAAGGCUGAGGGACAGGCAAAUCGAGAUGUGCCUUGCGUGGGUGUGUUCAGGGCUUGUGCCUCAAUAGGAGUUCUGAGGUAGUGUAGAGCCCAAGUGCCCACGGCUCCGUGCGCUUGGGAGGCCCUGCUCAAGCUCUGCAACCCCAAACCCCGCAUUCUGUGCCUGGAACGUGCUCUUGCUCCAGCUGCAAAGCUUAGGUGUCUUUGGGCCUGUCCUCACUGCAGACUUAAACCAGCCUAAUGAUUGAGCUUGCAGAAGGACACCACAGGAUUCUGCCCAGGGUCUU